AUGUCGUCAAGAACAGCUGCCUUUCAGGCCGACAUUCUGGAAUGGUUACUGGCGAAUAAGGCUCCUCUGCGUAUUCUCCGAAGGGAGAGGUACAAAAUGGAGAAGGGAUUUAUUGGUUACUUCAAAGACUUUAAAGAUACGAUUAGGGAAAUUCGGGGUGGAAGCAACAAGGAGACGCAGGUUGCCGUUGAUCAGAAGCAGGAAUCUAGUGGAGCUCGAUCCAUGAGCCAGUUCUAUGAAUCAGAAGAACUUACCAAGCGGAUGAAGUGGAAGCGUGUCACAUGGGAUGAUGAUGCCAAUUAUAGCGCGUUUUCGCGGCGUGUACUGGAUAACGAUGCAUUGCUAAAAAAUGUAUCCGCGUUUUCAUUCUUAUCGAUUCACGUCGUAAAGGACCCUGCGUCAACAGACUGUGUAAAUUUCCCACCCUCUGAGAAGAAUAUUGAGCUUGGAACGCUAACGAAUUGGGUUCUUCAAGAACGUGAUCCCGUAGCUGUUGAAAAGUAUUCGUCAAAAGGAACAAAGGGAUCUCGCGGUGCAUUUACAGUAGAUUGGACUGCCGGAGAGGUGAAAGUGGCGGAUACUGCGUCAGUCCAGGAGGUUAUGACAUUUCUUCUUACAGUCGCACCUCGACUUCAGGCCCUGCAAAUGCGUAUGGAGGAACAACAGACCACUAUAACUGAUGAUGUCCAAAACGUGAAAAUACGAGUUGGAGUAGAUAUUAAAUUCAACGAGCAUGAUACAAGCUUUUGGGAUGACCCAAAGCGAGUAACGUAUCCUGAAUAUGUUAAUCCCGACGAUGUUCAACGAUUUCUUCAGGGUAUGUUGAAGUCUCCGUUUCUUUAUCGUUGGUUUUUGAAAGGACAGGGUCUUCGCAUUCUACCUCCAGGUAUGCCUUACUUUAUUGAUAUGGAAAAGAAAGAAGUGCAUCUCCCGGCAAAUUUUACUGAUUACAGCUGGCGUGCUGCUCAUAGACGCUUUGAGAAAAUCGAGUAUUUUUGCGCCAUUAUGCGAUCUUUGUGGUGGCUUUGGUUUUCUUUGGCGAUUGUGAUUGUAGGAGAUGUUGAGCUGUUGUGA